AUGAGUUCCUGCCCCCGGAGGCUCAGCCGCCUGAGCCCGGGGGUCCUGUGGUCCUUGCUCCUGGCUGCGCUCAUCUUCUUCCUCUUCACCCUGCCCUCCUUUAUUAAGGAGCCCAGCACAAAGCCUUCCAGGUAUCAGUCUAUACAGAACAUUAAAAUGAGAGCUCCAGAGUUACUACAAGUGGCUGUGUCCCAGGCGCGCACCAUAGGAAGGAGGACGGAGCCCAACAAGGAUCCACCGACGGAGUGGGGCCACGUGGCCAGCACCCCACAGGUGGCAUUACCAAAGAGGCAGGAAAAAGAGAAAGCCACACCCAGAGGUCCAGACUUGGGAACAGAAGUUCCAUUACUGAAGAGCUGGGGCACAGAGAUGACCAGAGGAAGGGAGGGCCAGACCAGGAAGCCGAUGGCUACAAAGCCAGUGUUGGCUCAAGGCAAAGCAGUCACCACUGCAAAGACAGCCUCUCCAGAAAGGCAGGACGUGCUGCUGACCACAGUGGGCGCAGUGCCAAUGAAGGGACAGAGAGAAGUGACCACAGCAGCUAUCCCACCCAAGGAGGAGAAGGCUCAGACCACCCCACCCACUGCCCCACUCCAUAGCCACACCACACAGAAAGCCCGGAGACAAGAGCUGAAGGCCGCCAACUUCAAGGCUGAACCUCAGUGGGAUUUUGAGGAAAAAUACAGUUUAGAGGAGGGGGGCCUCCAGACGACCUGCACAGAUUCUGUGAAGGUCAAAGCCUCCAAGUCACCAUGGCUCCGGAAUCUCUUUCUGCCCAACCUCACCCUCUUCCUGGACUCCAGCCGCUUCAACCAGAGGGAGUGGGAGCGCCUGGAACACUUUGCCCCACCCUUUGGCUUCAUGGAGCUCAAUCACUCCUUGGUGCAGAAGGUGGUGACACGCUUCCCUCCCGUGCACCAGCAGCAGCUGCUCCUGGCCCGCCUCCCCCCUGGGAGCUCCCGGUGCACCACUUGUGCCGUGGUGGGCAAUGGGGGCAUCCUGAACAACUCCCACGUGGGCCAGGAGAUAGACAGGCAUGACUACGUGUUCCGACUAAGUGGGGCUCUCAUUAAAGGCUACGAGCAGGAUGUGGGUACCCGGACAUCUUUCUACGGCUUUACUGCUUUCUCUGUCACCCAGUCACUUCUCGCCUUGGGCAAGCGGGGUUUCCAGAGUGUGCCUGUGGGGAAGGACAUCCACUACCUGCAUUUCCUGGAAGGCACCCGGGAUUAUGAGUGGCUGGAAGCACUGCUUCUGAAUCAGACCGUGAAGACAAAAACUCUUUACUGGUUUAAGUACGGGCGGCCCCAGGAAGCGUUUCAGAAAGCCUUUCGAUUGGACAGAUACCUAUUGCUGCAUCCAGACUUUCUCCGGUACAUGAAGAACAGGUUUCUGAGGUCUAAGACCCUAAACGGUGUCCACUGGAGAAUAUACCGCCCCACCACUGGGGCCCUGCUGCUGCUCACCGCCCUCCACCUCUGUGACCAGGUCAGUGCCUACGGCUUCAUCACAGAGGGGCACGAGCGCUUUUCUGAUCACUACUAUGAUAAGUCAUGGAAAAAACUGAUCUUUUACAUAAACCAUGACUUCAAAUUAGAGCGAGACGUCUGGAAACGGCUACAUGAUGAAGGUAUAAUCCGGCUGUACCAGCGGCCAGAAAUUGCUGGAGCAAAGAACUGACUGGGGCUGGCCGGAGGCAUCUCUUCCCCACGUCCAAGGCACAGCGCAGUCCUAGUCUUGAGACUCUUUUAGUGUUUCUCCAGGCUCCGUCCAGUGUCCAACCCCUUUGAAAGCUUGGGGGGAACACUCGAAAAGAGGACAUGACUCUCUCAAGAUGGCAAAUGAUUGUUCAUGGUUUACAAGUUCUUCAGAAUGUUGCUGUACAUUCUGAAGGAGAUUCCCAAGACCAGGGAUUUUCAACCAAAUGGGAUGAUUAGUGGUCAACACCACAAUUUCUGCUGGAAAGCAUUUUCCUGUCCAAAAGUUUCUGGAUACCGAGCCAGGCCCCAUGGCU